GCAGUUACGAAAAAAGCUGACGGAAUUUCGUGUGCCAGUCUCGUCAAAAGUGCCGAGUCCUCAAGAACGAGUUAAAUCGGUUUCCGAAUGUGAACUAUUCUGGUGCGCAGUGCAGUACUUCCAGCAAAAUGAUCUUAACGGAGAGGUUAAGUGAUAAUUGACCUGACAAUUGUACGGUUUUCAAUUUCCAUUGUUCUAAUAUAUUGAGAUAACCUUUAUUCAAUUCUGACUGUAUAAUCGUAGUGAAGUUCAAGCUUGAUCGUAAGCCAUGUAGAAACUGACAAAUCCACCAAAAGUUGCAUUUCAUGCCACGGAAAGGUGUCCAAUGACGCCAUCUUGUGUGUCAUAGAGGACAGAGAACACAGGUGAUAGGUAAAGCGUCAAGUUUUGCUUCUAUCGUCAAUUUAUCCGAUUGGCCUAAGGGUGGCGGCGACGUCAUUGGAAACCGCGCCGUGUACAGGGAAGAGAGAACUGCAUGCGCACAAUAUUCCUAUUUUAGUGUAAAUUUCAAUGUACAAUGUUGGUUAUGUCCAUGUGCUGUUUACGUGUACUUUCAGAACGUCAUAAACUGAGACUCCCCAGUAUGAUGUACUGUACUGUAUGAAACUAUAAAUGCAACAUGCAGGGACGAGUUUUGGAUGAAUGGCACGAGAAUGGGCCUCAGGAUGUCAUCCCGCCAUCUCUGUGCAUUCGCAUGUACGCCUGCACGUACCAUCACCCCACCGCCGCCGGUGGUCUCUCGAUCCACAGCGUGAAGUCGGCCAACUCGGUUCCACACGCCGUCUGCCGUCUGCCCUUUUCGGUGAAAGUGGGAGUCAGCGGCCGAGUGCCGGACGCCUUCAAAUGUGACAAUUUGCCCACUGGAGUCAGCAGUCUGGUCGAGACUCUGGCGACGACGGGCACCCGGCUGAGCCUGCGAGAGACCAUUUUUGACAGUUUGCGAUGACGCAAAGGGACCGUCGCACUACCUUAUCUGGGUGGCUGGUCUCAAAUGAUUUCGGAGGUGGAGCUCCACUUGUUCUGCUCUUGACAAGCUUUUUGGACGUAGUUCCCAAUGGACCUUUCCGGCCCGUCAAUCACUCGUAUGAUGAUAAUAACCAAUCAGAUAGCCGCAUUGUCUUAACCCCGUGGCUCGACACGCCCCUCUCGCCGUAUUGUCCCACAAGCAAAGCUGGUUGUCAGCAGCAGGCGCUUGGAAAAGUUAAUGUUACGAAGAAAAUGGUCCUCAGAUGCGCUUGGGGAACGCGCAAUUGUGAUGAAAGAUAUCCUGCCACGUUGAUUCAUUUUGCAAAGCCCAAAACACAGUUGACGAAGUGCCUACGACGGAUUAAGGCUCGCGGGAGAGCGCACGUACAACUAAAUGUGAAUAAUAUCAACAAACACGAGGCUGUAUGUUCGAAGCUGGUGGAGAGAGAAGAAGAGUUCCAGGAGAGAUUAGCUGAGAUUCUGGUGGAGGAGAAAGCGUUCACGUUGAAAGUGAGACUGGCGAAAAGUCUGCCUUUGCCCGCCGCCAACGACGGCAGUCGGCCCAGGAUCGACCUGGUGGUUUUUAUCAUCAACCUCACCUCAGAUCUCAGUCUGCAGUCUGCUGAAGCUUCCGUCAAGUAUUUGGACCCGGACUAUUUCCUUGGAAAAGUCUGCUUCAUGGCCACGAACGACGGCAGAUGGUGCGAGCGGCGCCGCGGAGAGACUGGGGACCAUCCUGAAGGUGGCGGCCGGUCUCGUUCCCAUGACGACGGCACUCUCUCUGUCCAACGCGGCGAUGAUGUGACCAGUGCCCUCGGACCACGAUCAGCCGGCGCGCUCUCCGACUUUCACGCGUUUUACGUUCUGUGCGGCUGCACUCGGCCGCCGGCGUUCAGUUAUUUAGUCGAUAUCGUAUAUUUAUGUAUUCUGCUCUGCUCUCAGUUUUGGAUGUAAACUGCACUGCGACGUUCUCUGAGGUGUUUCUACGCCGUUACCUUAUUGAGCUAAAUGUCAAACCAUUAAAGAGGAAAAACUCCUCCCGGUACAAUGCGGUGCUGUUCUCAGAUAA